AUGAAGGCCAUAUCCGCCUUGGCGGAGGUUUCAUAUCGAAACCGAUACCAACACUUGAAGUGGGUGAGGGCCACCAGAAAUGCUCAAAAAAGGCUCGCGUGCUGGGUACUCCGAUUGCAAGAGUACAAUUCCACAAAUCAGCACGUGCCAGGGAAGGAGAACUACUUCGCUGACUUAAAAUUCUGCAUCGACCACGUUGGGCUGUUGGAAGCCAUCGGUGUCCAGAAUUGGUCAUCCAUAUUUAACAGUAAUCCGUCGAAGAGCUGGGCUGUCCUUGUCGCUGGUUCCAACAUCUGGGAAAAUUAUCGACAUCAAGCGGACGUUUGCCGCGCGUAUCAAGUCGUGCGUGAAAACAAUGUUCCACCGGAGAAUAUUAUUACCUUCGCUUAUGACGAUGUUGCAAACAAUCCC